AUGAAUCCCGAGAUAGACCCCGCAGCAGCAGAGCUCAAAUGGUCCGGCCAGUACAAACUCGCUAGUGCAACCCGAAAUGCGCUUCCUGGCGACAAAGUCCUCCUGCCGCCCUCAGCGCUAGAACAGCUGCUUGCUGCGGCACCCGUAGUCCAUGUCGAUGCGAACCAACCCCACUUGACCGCUUUCGAUCCCUUCAAUCCAUAUACCUUCAACGCCGAGCGACAUGCGCGGGCGCAAGCACAGGACCGAUUCCAGCAACUACCCCACCCUCUUACCUUCCGUCUGGUAAACCCGGAUAAUGGCCGAGCCGUACACGCAGGCAUUCGCGAGUUUUCGGCGGAAGAGGGCGAGAUUGUGCUGAGCAGCUUUCUGAAAGAGGCCUUGGGCAUCCAAGAGCAAUCUGCAGAGCCCUCGAGAAAUGCGAGCCCACAUGAUGACAAAGAUGGAGAUCAUACCAUGGAAACCGGAGUAGACGAGACACUUGGCAGUGGCAGCAAUAGCGACGCCGCUAUCAAAAUCACCGUGCAUGCCAAGCAGCUACCCAAGGGCGCCUUUGUGAAGCUGCGGCCUCUGGAAGCAGGCUACGACCCCGAAGACUGGAAGUCGCUACUCGAAGAACAUCUACGAUCCAACUUUACAACGUUGACAAAUGGCGAGAUUCUAGUCGUGCAUGGCGGUCGAGGAGUCGGCGGCAAACGCGAGGAGUUCCGCUUCUUGAUCGACGGCUUCAAGCCUGAGGGAGAGGGAAUAUGCGUCGUAGAUACGGAUCUAGAGGUUGAUAUUGAACCUCUGAACGAAGAGCAGGCACACGAAACUUUGAAGAGGAUAGCAGCUAAGAGGCACCGUGCGCCUGGCACUGAACAAGGCAGUUCAACCGGUGGCACUGUUGAUAUAUUCAAUGCACAAUCUGGGCAGAUACUCGAAGGCGAGUACGUUGACUUUGAGUUAGCGUCCUGGGACCGAUCUCAAGGGUUGGAGAUCUUGUUAGAUGAGGUUGACGAUGAAGAUGAGAUUGAUCUUUUCGUUAGCCCCUUCUCUUCACGCCAGAGAGUUCGUCCUCGGGAAGAGGAGCACGUCUUUGCAGAUCUGUCUAGUCAAUACCCCAAACGCAUACGAUUACAACCUACGAACAUCGAGCUCGAAGAAGCAGAAGCAAUAUGGAUCUCAGUGCACGCAUAUCCAUCCGCAUCACCCUCCACCACACCGAAGCCCUUCCGCCUGAGGGUCUCAAUAUUCGAUCCAAAGGCCGAAGUCGAAAGCAAGACUGAAGGUUCACCCGAAGUUGGAGAAGACGAAGUAAUCUGUAAAAACUGCAAGCAAAUCGUCCCCAAAAGCUCCUUAUUCCUCCACGAAAACUUUUGCCUGCGAAACAACAUCCUCUGCCCCCAAGGCUGCAGCCAAGUAUUCCAAAAGCGCUCAAAAGCCUACGAAACCCACUGGCACUGCCCCCAUGACACUUUUACAGGAAACACGCCCCUCAGCCACCAGAAACACGACGCAUACUACCACACCCCGCAAACCUGUACCGCAUGCUCCCUCCCCUUCCCCUCCCUCCCCACCCUCGCCCACCACAAAACAACCUUGUGCCCAGCGAAACUCAUCCUCUGCCGCUUCUGCCACCUGCAAGUCGCGCAAGAAGGCGAUCCAAACGAUCAAUCGCCCGAACUCCUCCUCUCAGGUCUAACCCCCCACGAACUCGCCGACGGAGGCCGCACUACAGAAUGCCACUUGUGCGCCAAAAUCAUCCGCUUCAGAGACAUGGACACGCAUCUCCGCCACCACGAUCUCGAGCGCCUAUCCCGCCCACCGCCACGCCUCUGCCGCAACGUGAAUUGCGGGCGCACGCAGGACGGCGCAGCAAAAAACGGCGAUACACGUGCGGGAACCCGCAAAGGCCAGGGCCCAGGCAACGACAUCGGACUCUGCAGCACAUGCUUUGGCCCCCUAUACGUCUCCCUCCACGACCCAGAAGGCAAAGCCCUCCGCCGCCGCAUCGAACGCCGCUACCUAAGCCAACUCCUCACCGGCUGCGCCAAACCCUGGUGCAAAAACGAAUAUUGUCGCUCUGGCCGCAAGAAUCUCGGCCAACCGGAUCAGUCCGUUGCAACCAAAGAUGCCAUUCCUCUAGUCAAACCUUUCUUGCAGGGUAUGGAUGGAAAGGGGUACGAUACCCCACUCCAUUUUUGCGUCGAUGAGCGCGCGCAAAAGUGCAGGGGGCUGGCGGAGAUGAUGGCGGCGGAGAAGGGGAUAGAGGGCAAGGGGGGUUAUGCGCUCGAAUGGUGUGUUGCGGCGCUUGAGGCUGAGGGAGGCGAUUUGGAUAGGGCGAGGAGUUGGCUUAAGGGGUGGGCGCCGCAGAGGGCCGAGGCGGGGCAGUGA